AUGGAGCGAAGAUCCAUAUUUUUUGUGCCAUCUAUUGGCACUCGCACAGCUUCAGGAGCAGAUGUCGCCAUCGGCAUCACCGAAGGUUCACGCCUACUCAUCAUGAAUGUACUCGAUUCAGAGUAUAUUUUCCUUUACGAAGCUCAAUUUUCUCGCGAGCUUCUAGAUGGGCUACGAGAUCUGAAAAUUGCCAUUUACCCCAUAACCUGGCCCACAAUACGACGGAAAAGAAUUCCCUUCCAACCAUACAGCACCUUUCCCUCUCGACUUAUGGCUGAACUGGUCGCCUACUGUGAGCCCUGCUCGCCCCGCCAAAAGAGACCACGCGAACAAGAAAAAGAGGGAGCCUUGAAAAGAAGACGCAUAAACUCAAUCCCCUCAUUGGUGGAAAAAGUAGGCGAUUGCCAAUCAAUGAAGUAA